AUGCUUGUCUACGUUAGGCGUCGCAAGAAGGCACUGCUCGAGGGGCCCGCGGAGAUAGGUUCGGACCAGCAACACCUCAACCCGACCAACCGCGGCGUGAUUCCAUUAUCUCGUAGCGAGGCUACGGAUCAAGAAGCUCGUCGGGUCACCCUCUUCGUCUACGCCAUUGCUAUUGCGUAUGCUGCCAUCAUUAUCAGAUGCUGUUACAGAAUCGCAGAAAGUAUUCCGGCCAUUGCAAAGGACGUCAUGAGAAAUGAAGCAGUAUUUCUGGUGCUAGAUGGAGCCAUGAUUCUUAUCGCCAUCGGCUCCGUCACCGCGUUCCACCCCUACAAGUUCUUUCCAUAUCUCGGUAUCAAAACGCUCAAGGAAAAGAAUAUUUCUACACAAGAGGGCUAUCAAAUGGGAAAUAUGUAG